AUGCCUAAGUAUCUGCAGAUAAACCUGAACUGCUGCAAAGCAGCUCAGGCCCUGCUGCACCAAGUCGCAGCAGAAGAGGAGGUCGACUUCGUCCUGACAAGCGAAUACAAUAGAGAAGAGGGUUCAAACUGGUAUGCCGACACAACGGGUAAGGCAGCGAUAGUAAACACCAAUAAAACGAGACUAAACAAGGAGGGACUGGGAGAGGCAGGAUUCAGGUGGGUGGAAGUACACGGCCUGAGGCUAUACGCAUGCUACUGGUCUCCAAACUCCACUAUCCAGGAGUACAAAGACUUUGUAAACAGGCUAGAGAGGUCUAUAAGAAGCGAGGCAACCGAGAUCCUCGUCACAGGAGAUUUCAAUGCGAAACAUGCGGAGUGGGGCUGCCCAAAAAAUGACAAGAGAGGAGACAUACUGUUGGACAUGAUCAACUCUGCAGGUCUAGUGAUGUGCAACAAAGGGCAGGAGAGCACCCACGCCAAAGGAUCGAUCAUCGACCUGACCAUAGCAACACCCCGAACAGCCCAGAGCAUGACCAAGUGGAAGGUUCUGGACAGGGAGUCACUGAGCGACCACUACUACAUCCUGUUCGAAACCACCCCAGGACUCCCAAAAAACGAGCUGCGCAGAAACAGGAUUGAUGCCAAAAAACUGGAAACACUACUCAAAUCAGACGACCUCUCCCGGACCCUAGACAUGUGCACAGAUGCAAACCAGAGCGCCCUGGCAAUCACGGACGCGAUCAACGGAUGA